AUGUCAUUAGUCGCAGGGAGGAAGUGCAAUGCCCGUCCAAGAAAAAUCCAGAAAAUACGUACAAAGCUCUGCGAUUGGUUGGGAAAGAGUACAGUCUUUAUUGAUCGGUGUUUCGUGAUAGCUAGCAUUAGUUAUGCAAACCCAGUUACUGUUUCAGAAGAUUGUGUUGAUGGCUGCCCCAGGCUGACCCUUACCAAACGAAUAAUCUGGUUCUUUUUCUCACUCGAAUACCAGGAGGUCCAGGAGAUUGCUACCUCUGACCUCAAGAGGGUUGUCUGUCGGCUUGGUCAAGCCUGCGUCAAACUAUGGGCUGUCCUCCACCCCCGCAAGGCAACGUGA